AUGGGCGAGAUCUACUCGCCGUCGCAGAGCAAGGGCUUCAACCAGCCGUACGGCUACCCCAUGAACUGCAACCUCAGCCGCGUCUUCAUGGAAAUGACCGAGGAGGACCGCAAAUGUCUCGAGGAACGCAAGUACUGGUGCUUCAUGCUCAGCAGGUCUGUCCUCACCGCCUCGGUGAUUUCUUGAAUUUGAUUCUACGAUGCCCUAUCUUUCUUAUUUAUAUCUUUCUCUUUUAUAUAUUUCUAUCUUUAUUUCUUUUUUGUCCAUUCUAACUUCAAACCCAACUGUAGUUUCAGUGGGUAGUCCUCUUUUUGAAGCCUGCGUUUUUAGUUGUUCCGAGCGCUAAUGAAUUUGACUUCUUGCGCCUUUCCUUUUUCCUUUUUUUCUUUUUUUUUUUCUUGAAUUUUCCAUAAAAACUUUAUUUAUUUUUUUUCUCGAAGUUUUGAUCUCCUUCUUUUCCUAGAAACUGAAUAUUUUUGUAAAAUUGACGUAAAGUUAUGGUAAUUUUUUUCUAUUCAAUAUUAUAUAUUUUUCAGUAUUAUUUUUUUGCUUUCGUUCAACAAAAAAUUUCAAAACGACACCGAAAGUGGUCUUGCAGCUUGUUAUUGCAUGGCAUGCAUAUGUCUUUUUUCUUUAUGACACUUUUGCAUCAGAGGAAAACUCUGCUGGCACCUUUGGCCUUGAAAAAAUGAAACCCCCGACCUAAUUGGUCAAGAACUUAAUUCAGAGCAAACUGAUUGAUAAUAAAAUGAAAAUUAUGAUAAGGAAUGAAAUAGUUGAACAAAAGACAAUUAGUGUGAAAUAGAAAAAAUAGUAAGGGAAAUCCGUCAUUAUCAGGGAGAUAAAACAUUACCUUAGAAUUCUUCAAAUAUAUAUCUGACUGGAUUCCGUCCGAAAAAGCUUCGUCUUUUUUUCCAUUCUUUACGUAAAGACUUUACGCCUCGCUGAAGAAGCACUAGGCAGUCUUUCUGCGAAAAGCGGCGCCAAUUCGACCGGUGUCGAAUGUCGUGGAUCAUGUCGCCCAGGGAGCGUUUCUCGACGGCUUCCGCUAAUCCGCUACACUGCUUCAUUGUUGGCCAAGGAGCACUCAUCCCGUGUAAUUCCCUAUGAGAAAGAUUUCAAAACAGGGUAUCAGAAAACAAGGAAAGCAGAAAAAACGAACAAAGAACUUCUAGAAAAAAGUUUUAAACCUUGAUUGCAGCAUAGUGACGUUUUGCGUUUCGAUGCUUCUGGUGGUGACUUGGCGGAUCGUCACUCAUCUCUUCUGUCAACGGAGAGAGCGGGAAGUCGUCGAGCCGCCAGUCGAAGCCGUUCCCUUGCAGGUCUUCUAUAUUAUGCUACCAAAAAAGCUUGAAAAAGGGUUGGAAGGCGUAAAAGCCAUAAAAUGGAAUAAAUACAUAUUUGAUUUAGAGAAAAAAUUAUCAUAACGCCUUUUUUUCCAACCCAGCCUAAACCCAAAUGGCGCAGAACAAUUCUGCGCCUUAUCAGUCCGGAGACUUCAUCUGUUGUAUUUUGGUGCUAUCUUAACCACUUUUUAAAGUGUAGCGUGCAUGUAUGUAAACUCAUCAUGACUGUGUAAAUUAUAAAACAGAAAAUACCUCAAAAAAGGCAAAUGUCAGUUUCUGUCGUAUUGUUGUUUUUUCUUCGAUUGGAAUAUUGAGAGAAAAACCGAGAUACAUUCAAUAAGGCGCUCUAAUUCAAAUAUUCGGCUCGAUUUACGGCCUCAAAUAAAUAUGAAAAGCGAUACAAAAAAUACUAUUACUGCUAGACCGAACGAUUUGAAAUUUCUAUAUUUUAUGCAUCGAAAUGGCAUUUUCUUCGUCAUAACUAUUUUUGAUGUUCUAUAUUUCAGAUCAAUGGAAAACACGGGGCGGUGCCGUCCGAGCUCGACCCGUUCGCCAUUAAACAGCAGGAGGAGAAGCAUCUGGGUUGGAUGACCGAGGUCGGCUUUCCUGAGUCUUCGACUUUGAUUGCAGGAAAAAAAAUAUUCACAACGCUGCAGGAAAAAAAAUAUUCACAAAAAAGAAAAAAUGUUUUUUUUCAACCACGGAGAUUUUUUAUUUGCACGCUUCAUCUAUCUUUUCUCAUUCUGGCUGUUUUUUCAAGUCGAAAAAAAUUGGCAAGAAAUUUUACGGUUGAGUAGGGGCUUGAAGGAUUUUGCGGCAGACUGAAUCCUGCCGAAUCAAAGUUCUAAUUAGUGGUCCAAAACGUUGCCUCGCAAAAUAUUCGUUGAUGGAUUGGGCGCAGACCAACGGGACAGCCACCAAUCGCUUUUGGUUGUUUUUGGGUGAUACUUAGCAGAACAACUUCCGACACGAAUCAUAUUUCCUUUCAUUUGGACAAGAACGGGUUCAAUUUCAUUGCUUGAGCUUCUAUGGCUCUCGAAAAAAUGCGUGUGAAAAAUAGGAGGGUAUCGUAAAACUUCAGAAACACACAUUUUUUUUUUGAUAAGUCAUCAUGAGUGAGUUUUGACAAACUCUUUAUUCUAUGAAGAAGUUUUUUACCAUAGCAAUUUCUGGGAAGUUUGAUUGUUGAACUUUAGGAGAUAAGCUGAAUGAACUAAUUAAAAGCGGUUUGCAGGCGAAGGACUGGGCCGGCGAGUUGAUCUCCGGCCAGAGUCUGACCGGCCGUUUCCUCGUCGUCCUCGUAUUCAUCCUCUCCGUCGGUUCUCUCGGCAUCUACUUCUAUGACGCCAGUUUGUGAGUCUACUCUUUCUGGAUAGCUCCGUGUGAAGAUUCUGAGAAUCAAAAUCGAAAAUCAUGGGUUUCAUCUUUGAAAGUUGAACGAGUGAACAUUUUGAAAAUCAUUGCUUGCCCUGAGGAUAAUUGCCCUAGUGUGCACAGCAGUUUCCGAAACAGCUCGAAUUCGAUUUAGAUGGCUGAUUUGACGGGGCCAAUCUGAGGUCUUUUUCAAAGUUUUUCUCUCGUUUCUCAACCGUGAAUGUCGCGUUUUUUGCGACAAUUGCUCGGAACGGAGCUCAGAGCCACUAUCGAAAGCCAGGGUCCACCUGCAUCACGUCACCUUUCGGGCUCUCGGCUUUCACAGGCACGCGUGUCCAAAUAAUUUAUGGGGUUUUUCGCGCGGACGGCAACAAAAAAGGUUGGAGCUCUAUGAAGGAUGUGGAGCUCUUUCCCACAGGACCUUCUUUCUUCUGGAAUACAAAUUGGAAAAUUCGCGAAUGAUUUUGUUUUUCGCUUUUUGUGCCCCAAGAGAUUGACCCAAUUGACGGGAGUAUGAAAGCGCAAAACCAAGGAAUAUUGAAAAGUUCAAAUCUUUGAAAAGAAGAACGAGAAAACGAGAAACCACUAUUUUCGGCAGUGAGAAUUUUUUCCUUUUUUCGACUUUGACCAGAAAGACAGAAUAAGUCAAAACAUUGGAAAUGAACUUACAGUCAAAACUUCCAAGUGGAGACCUGCAUUCCAUGGCAAGACAGUCCGUCUCAGCAAAUUGACCUCGGGUUCAAUAUUUUCUUCCUCGUUUAUUUUUUCAUUAGGGUGAGUGUUUAGAACUUGUCCGAAAGGUAACUUUUGAUUAUACAGUUUAUUGCGGCUUCCGACAAAGUUUGGUUUUUGUUGGAGCUUUAUAGUUUUAUCGACUAUUGUACGAUCCCGCCUAGUUUCGUUGCAAUUUAUCUGCAACGAAACUGGUUAGGUGAGAUGGCUCAGAAAAUUUAAAACAGGAGGAGUUUUUUCAGGUUUUCGAUUUUUACGCGCGUUGCGCCUCAUGACAGUUCCUGACAUCCUGCAGUACCUGAACAUCCUCAAAACUUCGAGCUCGAUCCGGCUCACCCAGCUCGUCACUAUCUUCGUUUCGGUGUGUCUGACUGGCGCUGGCGGUGUCCAUCUGGUAGUUUAAUAGAUAGGCGCUUCCAAAACCUUUUGGUUUGCAGUUUGAAAACUCGGGUGACUUCUUCAAAGGGUUCAUCAAUCCUCACAGGAUAACAUACGCUGAUUGUGUCUAUUUCGUGCUGGUGACAAUGUCAACUGUCGGUUCGUUCUAUAUUAAUUAAAUAUUCGAAGCUGCUGCUGUCAGGCUACGGAGACAUCUACUGUACGACGCUGUGCGGUCGCGUUUUCAUGAUUUUCUUCAUUCUGGGCGGCCUCGUGAGUGCUAGGAAUAGUCCAACAAAGUCACAUUUUCUCUUAUUUCUGUAAAGAUAGCAAGUUUGUGCUCUUUGAGUUUCCAUCUUAUAAUUUGCUCAAAAGUCCACGCCGAAGUUUCGCACGGGCUACGAUAACACUGAAAAAAUUCAUCUUGUUACUUUUCGAAAUUUUUUAACAAGGGAAAUCGCUUUAAUUCGCAGCUGGAAGCCAAAUGAUAACUGACCAGAAAACUUUUUAAUGUAGGAGAUGAAGAUUGUCAAAUCUCAUUCUGCAUAUCCGACCUUUCUUGCAAACUUUUUUUCCAAGGAUUUUUCGAAUUUGCAUGUUUGAGAACAAAAAAACAAAAUCAACGAAGUUAGCAUUUUUUUCCUGCAUUCAGCAAAUUUCCAAAUUUAUAAAUAUAUAUAUAUUGAAAAAAAUGCCACUCUCAGGCCAUGUUUGCCAGCUACGUCCCAGAAAUAGCCGAUUUGAUUGGAAACCGACAAAAAUACGGAGGAGAAUACAAAGGAGAACACGGGAAAAAGUGAGAUUAGGAGUGGAAAAUCCAGAAGGAAGAUCAACUGACAGACACAUCGUCGUCUGCGGCCACAUAACUUACGAUUCGGUCAGCCAUUUUCUUCAAGAUUUCCUGCACGAAGACCGGGACGACGUCGACGUCGAAGUCGUCUUUUUACACAGGUUUUAGAUUUUUGUCAUCGAAUAAAUUUUUAUUGUGAGUCCCACCGACGUAUUGAGUGAGCUACUGAAGCUCAUGUACUGUAUAAAUUUGGAAGAAAAAGUAAAUUUGUAGAUUAAAAGGGAAAUAUCUAGAAAAUUCUGCCUUGAAUUUUUUUUUUCUAAUUUUUGAGCAUUGGCUUCGAAUAAAUUUGAUGAUGAUGAAAUUUUAAUGAAUUACGGCACAGCCGUUUCGAAUCAUGAAAUGGGGUGAUUAGGAGGCCGACCGAUCGAUUUUUUCAGUUUGCGUUACUUUGAACUUUUUAGGCAAUUAAAAUUUGGCAUGGUGAUUUCGGAAAAAAAUGACUGAAAAAAGAAAAUGAAAAAUAAAGAAAAGACAUUAAUUAUCAACAGUCGGAGGUAGAGCGAAGUAUAUAUGAUUUGAUGAAGUGAGCCCAAUUUUUUUAUUAUUUUUUUGUGAUAUUUAAAUAAAAGCUUUUUUUGGAUUAGGGCGACUAAUAAUUCUACAAAUUCCCAGAGUCGUUCCCGAUCUUGAGCUGGAAGGACUCUUCAAAAGACAUUUCACGAAGGUCGAGUUUUUCACGGGCACUGUAAUGGACUCUCUGGACCUCAGUCGAGUGAAGGUAAAAAGAGAAUAGAAGUCAGAUUUGCACAAAAUAAAAAAAAAGGUUGCCGAUGCUGACGCCUGCUUGGUGCUGGCGAACAAGUACAGCACAAAUCCGGACGCCGAAGACGCGGCCAACAUCAUGAGGGUCAUCUCCAUCAAAAACUACUCCUCGGACAUCCGCGUCAUCGUCCAGCUCAUGCAGUACCACAACAAGGCCUACCUGCUCAACAUUCCUUCGUGGGACUGGCGGAGAGGAGACGACGUCAUCUGUCUCGCGGAGCUCAAACUCGGCUUCAUCGCUCAGUCGUGCUUGGCCCCAGGCUUUUCCACUAUGAUGGCCAAUCUUUUCGCCAUGAGAAGCUUCAAAACGGUUCGUUUUUUUUUUGCCUGUUGUGUUUUGUGCUAUAUGUGGUUGUGCUGUGAAUUAUUAAUCAAUCAAAAACAGAUUAAAUUAAAUCAGAAUCAGAAUCUUUAAAACUAACCGUUCGAACAAACUUCUGACCAAUGUUUUUUGUCAUUCAUUCAACUUUUUGAAUAAUUCUCCAUUAAGUCUGUAACUCUUCAUCUUUAAAUCAAUCAAUCAUUACCACCUGGUUGUUAAUAGUAAUAAUUAGACUAAUAAUAAUGGUUUCUUCAAUGCACAUUAAUAAAUAAUAGACGUAUAUACACCGAAAAAUGGUCUUUGUUAACUCGACUAACGGCGUGAGAGACUGAGCUAACCUUUCAGUCGCCGCACACGCCCUCGUGGCUCAACGACUACCUGCGAGGCGCCGGCAUGGAGAUGUACACGGAAAGGUUGAGCCCCGCCUUCGUCAACAUGUCGUUUCCCGAAGCGGCCAAGUGAGUCCGUCCGACGUCUUCUGGUAUUUUGCUUCUAACUCUUGUCCCCAACGCGUCCAGUUUGCGCUGCUCUGACUCUAACAGCUCUGUUCGAUUUUUCGAGAAAUCCAAUCAGCAGGAACUUUUGUAGUCGCGCGCCACACCUGACUGGCUGAACCUUUAUCUUUGCGGCGCCGGCAUGGAGAUGUACACAGACACGCUGUCGCACUCUUUUGUCGGCAUGACUUUCCCCGAGGCGGUCGAGUAAGCCACCUCGUCGUUUUUUCAGUCUUCCGUUUCGUCGUGCUAGUUAUUUCACGGCUGCUCACUGCUUACAUAGGAUAAUCAAAUAUUAGCCAGUAAAGUACGAGCACAUUGAAAAGAGAAAAUAGAAAACUUUGACUCAAUGAGGUGAUUAAUCACUUGGUUCUGAAAGUUGCACAAAAUGACUCUGGCCCUGAUCAAAAAGAUUCAAUAAGAGAUGUUUUAAGAAGAAAGAUGUAUCAUAAGUCAAAAAGUUUUCUGCAGAGAGAUUUGGAUAUGUGGCUUUGGAAAAAGUUGGAAACACCCAUUGAAACUCUUCAAGUCGAUGACCACCUAAUAAAAACUUAGUUUUAAAUUUUAUGAGAUUGAAUAGAAGAAUGUUCAGUUUGCUGUUCAACCGACUGGGACUGCUGCUGCUAGCGAUCGAACUGAAAGACGAGGAGAACAAGGAGUGCAACAUCGCCAUCAAUCCCGGACCGCACAUCACAAUCCAGCCGCAAACCCAAGGCUUCUUCAUUGCGCAGAGCGCCGACGAAGUCAAAAGGUUUCUCAUUUCUUUCGUGUUUGUGUGUCAAACUGAAAAGUUUCAGAGCUUUUUUCUGGUGCAAGCAAUGUCACGACCAGAUCCGCGACGUUUCUCUCAUCAAAAAAUGCAAGUGUAAAAACUGUGAGUUAUUUGGAUUCGCGACACUGAGUAAAACUGUGUUCAGUGGCCCUGUUCCGAAGAAACACCAAGCAUUCCUCCACUCGAGGUAAUCUUUCGCUUCUGUCCUCGGUUCCAAUGGUAGAACGUGUCGCCUUUUUAUUUUUGCUGUUUUGCCAAACGUGCAGAAUGCCUAAAUUUCAGACUAUUCCGACUUUGACGUCUUGUUUUAUCAAAGCGACGGUAAACACUUUGAUCGGAUCAGUCUAGACUGUGUUCUUCCUGUUUCCCGAUUUGUUUGGGUCAUUUUUGAUAGGAAUCCCGGAAUAGAAGUAGAAAAAGCAAAUAAAUGUGAAAAGCAUGCAUCGUUCCAAUUCAUUUUCGAUUUUAUAUCUUUCACCUUCCGGAUUUCCUUCGUUUGCGCUCGCCUCCGGCGUUUGUAGUCACCUCCGAAACCGCUGAAAUUUCAAUCAUUCCUCACUGUCGUGAUUGAUGUGUUGUUGGGCGUUUUGGGACGUAAGGCAUGAGUCGAGUAAACGACACGAAAACUCGAAAAAACAGCAUGGAAAAAACUCAUGAUAUCGUUCUUGGUCAAAGGGGAUGCGAUUUUCUUUGACUUUUUGUGUCGUCAACCUCCAUAAGUUGAACUGCCGCUUCUUUUCAUCCGUCUAUCGCUAAAAGAACUCAACUAAGAACCCGCUUCGGAGUCUCCUUUCCUGCUCGGCUGUUCCGAAGUCGCCCAGCGACUCUUACAUUGUCUUCUGCUCCAAAGAGGAGGAUAUGACGUGAACAAAUUGUUUCAGCGCGGUUUUCGGAGCAGUCGCCGGCGCCGCCGCCGUCUUCUUCACUGAACAACCAGCUCGGCCAACCUGUUCAGCUCCGAAUGAUCAACCAGCAAAGGUAUGUUGUUCCAUCAAGUGUUCUCUAUGAAGCUUCAGUCCAGCAAGUCAGGCUUGUUGGGGAAAAAUUAGUCACAGGAAACUGAAAAGCAGAUCAAUUAACUUAACAUUCCAUGAUCCGUGAUUUUUAAAGUCGCUUCCAUUUUUCAAAAUUUUGCACUUGUUCAAACUUCUUGAAAAUACUUAAAGUGACCUUCUUUGUGAGAAGAAAACCUUUAAAUUUUCGUUCCUUUUUUUCGAAGCAUCCUUUUUUCGUUGAAACUUCUAGAAGGCUGAAUUUUAAUCAAAAAAUGCCGCUACUCUGCUGCUUCAGCUAAUUGGUGCAUUUGACGGGUCCAGUAGAAACCGGCAGAGAAAUUCAACAAAAUAAAAUACCAAACAAUUGUUUCAGUUCGACCAGUGAUACGCAUCUCAACACCAAAUCUCUGCGAUUCGCUUACGAAAUCAAAAAAUUAAUGUAAAUAUAUGCCUCCCACGUGAAUAUCGUGUUUUGAUCGCACAUCGUAGUGACUAGGAAGUAGACUCUUUUUCGGAAGGCCGCCCAAAUGAAGCUGCGUUUGUUAGAGAUCUUUUUUCGAGAGAAAAGUUCUCAUCACAGCUAUAAAAAUAGUACUUUUUUGUUAACUCGACAGGUGAAAACAUACAAAUUCCGAGAAUUAGCUGAAAUUGAGCUGAGAUACUUUUGAGCACUCUGACCUUAUAGAACUUGUUUAAACUUUUUAGUCAAAAUCUAACGCCUUAAAAUUCGUAAGUAGCGAAAAAAAAUUUAUUUUUUUAUAGAUUUUUUGUGCUUUCUCAGCUUGGUUUCAUCAAAUUAUUAAAAAUUUUAUUUUCGCACUUACCUUUUGAGAAAUAAAGUGUGAUAAAAUCGAUUCAUACCAAACUUUUUGAAAAUUCACGGAAAUCGUAAGCGAGAAUAUAAGAGGCCUCCCAGAAAAAGUGCACUACUUCAACCUUUCUUCUCAGCGUAGGAUCCUGCAUGCCUGAUAGAACCUCGGUUGAACUGCACCUUCUAGCACCGCCCGCAGUUUUCGCCCUCCUUGUGUUAACUUCAUUCAACCUCUCCUUUCCAACAACGAAAAAGACAUUUAUCGAGUCGACGAUGAAGAAGUUCAGGCCGUCAAGCGGUCGUCGCAACUCGAUGAGCAUCCCUCCAGACGGCCGUGGCAUCGAUUUCACCAAAGACUUCGAGCAACAAGUGAGAAGCUACUCAGAAGUCAUGAAAACUGUUUAUGUUUUGAGGAUAUGAAGUACGACAGCACCGGAAUGUUCCAUUGGUGUCCCAGUCGGAACCUCGAGGACUGCGUUUUGGUGAGAGAUUCGCAAAACAUUGAAAUAAACUUCUCAGGAGCGGCACCAAGCGGCGAUGACCGUGUUGAACGGACACGUCGUCGUUUGUUUGUUUGCCGACAGAGAUUCUCCGCUCAUUGGACUUCGCAACUUCAUAAUGCCUUUGAGGUUUUCUUUUUUUUUUCGUUUCAGCUUUCAAAUCGACAACUUCAGAUCCUCGAACUUCCAUUAUCAUGAGCUGAAACACGUGGUCAUUGUCGGGGAUCUGGAAUACUUGAGGAAAGAAUGGAAAACUCUCUACAACUUGCCCAAAAUAUCCAUUCUCAACGUACGCUGACGUGGUUCGCAGGACUUGAAACACAGUUUCAGGGCUCUCCGCUCUCGCGAGCUGAUUUGCGAGCUGUUAACAUCAAUUUAUGCGACAUGUGCGUCAUAAUCUCUGCGAGAGUGCCAAAUACGGAAGACACGACGCUGGCAGACAAGGAAGCUAUUUUGGCGUCGCUGAACAUCAAGGCGAUGCAGUUCGACGACACUCUCGGCUUUUUCCCGAUGCGCCACGGCGGCGGAGAUCGCAGUCCACUGGGAAGUCCUAUUUCGAUGCAGAAGAAAGGAGCGCGCUUUGGAACCAACGUGCCCAUGAUCACUGAGCUAGGUAACUGGCUGGUAUGACAAGUAGACAUCAUCAAACUUCAGUCAACGACUCGAAUGUGCAGUUUCUCGACCAAGACGAUGAUGACGAUCCGGACACGGAGCUCUACCUCACGCAGCCGUUCGCCUGCGGCACCGCUUUCGCCAUUUCCGUGCUCGACUCCCUCAUGAGCACGGUGAGUUUGGCUUUCCUAGUCUGACUCGUGUUCCCAAAUCUUUGGAGUGAAUAGUUUUCAACAAUUGCUUCGAAAAAAAGAGAUCCAGUAAAAUAUUCUCAGUAUUUCAUUUUCUUUUAAUUCUUAUUUCAGAAAAAUAAUUUGAGAUUUAAUCGAUCCAAAGUUCUGACACGCUUUCUGAAAAAAAGUUUUUGGCAGUUAGAUAUUUUUAAGAUCAUCCAGCAUUAUUGUGACAUUUUAUUAGGGCUUCCAUAUCGCUAAUUUAACAUAAUUAGUUAGUGAUGAGUAUUCAGAAAUAAAUAGAUCACGAGGAAGAUUAGAGAACUAUAUGCAGACUUCCAUAUAGUGUUCUAAUCUUCCACGUGAUCUAUUUAUUUCUACAUACUCAGCAGUUAGAUUGAAAGUUCCAAUGUUCGAAAAGAUAAAGUUAAAAAAAAACUCAGCAGCUCGCCUCACAUUGAAAUUAAGAUUGAAAAGUUUUUUCGCUUUGAAUAUUCUUUUUUCUUUAUUAUUCUGAUAUACCGAUUGGGAAACUAUGGUUUUAGUUAGUAAACGUUUCUUUUUUUGACUUCAAAAUCGCAAAAGUCCAAUUUGAAGACGUACUUCAAUGACUCGGCGCUGACGCUGAUCAGGACGUUGGUGACAGGAGGAGCCACUCCAGAACUCGAGCUGAUUCUCGCCGAAGGAGCUGGUCUUCGAGGCGGCUACAGCACUCCAGAAACCUUGUCAAAUCGAGACCGGUGUCGGAUAGCACAGAUUUCGUUACAAGAUGGCCCAUACGAGGGUGUUGGAGUUUGAAUAGAAGCUAAGACAGCGUAAAUUGACGGCUUUCAGCACAACACGACCUAUGGUCAGAUGUUCACGAUAGCCCUGCGCAAGUACGGACAGCUCUGUAUAGGAUUGUACCGCUUGCACGACCAAGACAACGUCGACUCCAUGAAGCGAUACGUAAUCACGAAUCCGCCGGCUGAGUUGCGCAUCCGGACUUCUGACUACGUGAGAAAAUUUACCUUCAACACUUCUGUCACGAAUUCAAUUCCUUUUGUAUUGUUCUGAUUAUAAUAAUUAAGCUUUCUUGGAAGAGAGAUCCUUUCAGUUCAGUUUAAAAAACUAACAGGCUCAAUUCGGCAUUUUCGUUAAAUUUGUGACGAUUUUCAAAUCGUUUUUGCCGUGAAAUCCCAUUUUCCAUUUCAAAAUGUAAGAAUAUAGUUGAUUCGUAGUAUCGUUUACCUCGAAGGCAAUAUUAUUGAAGCGAAAAUGUUGAAAUCUUCAAAUUUCAGGUGUAUGUUCUCGAGCAAUUUGACCCCGGCUUGGAAUACGAACCCGGCAAGCGCCAAUAUUAA